CUGCGCGCCGCCCCGCCCUUACCGGCCGGCUCGGAGCCGGAGCGGAGACAAAGGCGCCGCCGCGCCCCCCCCCCCCAUCCCCGCCCCCCCGGUUAUAACGCGCCCCCCUCCCGGUACCGCGCCGGCCCAUGGCUGCGGGGGCAGCUCCAUGCCCGGGGGGCAAGCGGAGGCGGGUGGGGGGCCGGCCGGUAUGGCGGGAGGGCGGCGGGGCAGCGGCGCGGCAGCCGGGGGGGUGUCGGUGAAGAUGGCGCUUCGCCGCGCCUACUCCAUCAAGGACAAGCUCCAGGCCAUCGAGAGGGUGAAGAAGGGCGAGCGGCAGGCGUCGGUGUGCCGGGCUUUCGGGGUGCCGGGGGGGACGCUGCGGGGCUGGCUGAAGGACGAGGCGAAGCUGCGGUGGUUCCUGGAGCAGCUCGGGGGGGAGGUGGGAACCCAACGCAAGAAGAUGCGCUUGGCCAACGAGGAGGAGAUUGACCGCGCCGUCUACGACUGGUUCCUCGCCCUCCGCCAGCACGGCGUCCCCCUCUCCGGGCCCCUCAUCCAGGCGCAAGCCGAAGCCUUCGCCCGGCAGAUCUACGGUCCCGAAUGUACCUUCAAGGCCAGUCAUGGCUGGUUUUGGCGCUGGCAGAAGCGCCACGGCAUCUCCAGCCAACGCAUCUACGGCGAGGGCGGCCUCCCCGCCGAGCCCGAGCGGGCUCCCGAGGCCGCGCCGGCCGCUGACGCCGGCGGCUACGGCGAUGAGCAGAUCUACAACGCCAACGUCACCGGGCUCUACUGGAAGCUGCUGCCGGGUACGGCGGCGCGGCGGCGGCCGGCUCCCCGCCACCGGGUCACCGUGCUGCUGGCCGCCAACUUGACGGGUUCUCACAAGCUCAAGCCGCUGGUGGUCGGCGGCUUUCGCGAUCCCCCCAGCCUCCGCCAUCACAACCAGGACAAAUUCCCCGCUUGCUACCGGUACAGCCCCGAAGCCAGGUUGGGACCGGCGCUUCUCCGGGCUUGGUUCUUCGAGGAUUUCGUGCCGGGUGUCAAACGUUACCUGCGCCGGAGCUGCUUGCAGCAAAAGGCUGUGUUGUUGCUCAGCUCCCCGCCACCCCCGUCCGGAACAAACCCCGAGGAAUCCCCCCCAUUACAAACACCCGACGGCUCCAUCCGUGCCCUUUUCCUCUCCAAGGGCCCUACUGGGAGCGGCUCAGCGGGAGGUGGAGGCCGAAUCCCGGCACCGCUGGAGCAGGGGGUGGUGUCGGCCUUCAAGCAGCUCUACAAGCGGGAAUUGCUGCGCUUGGCCGUGUCGUGCGUGGCAGGCGGCUCCGGCGGCCCCGUGGACUUUGUGCGCUCCUUCCUCCUCAAGGACAUGUUGUACCUGGCCGGCCUCUCCUGGGACCUCAUCCCCGCCGGCUCCAUUGAGAAGUGCUGGCUGCUGGGGCUCCGUGCAGCCUUUGAGCCCCAGCCUGGUGAGGAAGAGCACGGAGACCCCCCACGUGGGGAGGAAGGCGGCGGCGACGGCAAAAUCUUUAGCGACUUGACCCACUUGGCCGCCUUGGCCUACAAGCGCUUGGCUCCCGAGGAGGUGGCCAAGUGGUUGCACUUGGACGAUGUCGCCCCGGGUACAGAGGAUGAUGAUGGGGACGAGGAUGCUGAGGAGGAGGAGGAUGAGGAGGAGGCCGCCGGUGGAGAUGGGGGCGGCAGGAGGGGUGGGGAAGGAGGGAACGGUUUGCUGCCGACGGCCCGGGAAGCCAUCAAAGGGCUGGAGACGGCGCUGCGCUGGCUGGAGGGUCAGGACCCCCGGCAAGUGGGGCCGCUGAAGCUGGUGCAGCUCCGCUCCCUCAUCAGCAUGGCCCAGCGGCUGCACCGCGCCGGCAGCCCCCGUUCCUAAGGAGGAACAUCCUCAUCCCGUGACAUCUCUGCAACCAACCACCCCGCUUGGGGUGCACGAUACGGGGUUGGGGACACCCCAGUUGUCCCAGGGAGGUGCCAGCUCCUCUCAUUGCCAGGGCUCAGUAGGCCCGAACCCCCCUGUGUUACUAUUGGGGGUUACAAUUUAGGGCUAACGGGAUUUUUUGGGCGAUGACCACCCCGUUUGUUGUGUAUUUGAGGGUUUUUCCUCACUCUCGGUGUAUUUAGGAGGUGCUAUUUUUUAAAACCCAUGAGACUGAGCUGGGGUGGUCCCCCCACCUUGAUCACUGGUACCACUAGAAUUGGGUGGGUGCCCCCCAUGCUGCCCAGACCCCCCAAAUCCUGUGGGGAGAAGGGGUGAAGGAGGGACCUGCUUGGCAUCACCACGAGGAGUCGGGACGAUGGGGCAAGUUAAAUUAAGCAAUUCCCCACAUUUUGAGGUGGGCACAGCUGUGCCUGGACAGGCUGCUGUAAGGUAAAUGUUCUGCUGGUGACACCCUUCCCACUGCUAAAACUGAGUUCUGUUAAACCGGGGAGGUUUGGGGCUGCUUUAAGGCAACUUUCUUCAUGCACUGGAUAGGGACGGGGACACUUGAAGCUGCAGCUCUCUGGAGAAUGUCACCUCUGUCAUUCCCAGCCCCACAACGUGAACACUCAGAGACCACAGGUUCCAUCGUCUGAGCAUCCUCACAAAGCCAAAGGCUCUGCGGAUGAGGGUUGAGGUGACCCUAAGCAGGUUUGGGGGUGGCUGGGGCUGGAGGACACAUCUGAUGGUGCAGAGGAUGCAGCUGUUGCCGUGACGUCCAUCGCGAGUUGAGACGGACGCACCAGCACCCCCUUGAAAUACUGGGGGCAUCAGAUGGGAAUUUAGCAGCUCGUGACCUGAUUUGGAUUAAAUUUAACCUGUUGAGCCGAUUAUUGAAAGGAGGAAAGAAAACACAACAACAACUCAUCGGUGCUGCCGUGCCCCGUGUCAGCGGGCAGGGUGGGUGUUUUUACUUUGUGGGGUCUUUGUCUCAUAACUGCAGAGUUUAUGAAAAUUAAAUGGGUUUUUAUUCCCA